AUGUUUACGACGCGUGGGUCAGUCGACUUUAUGGCAUUGACGGGCAGUGAUGAGAAACAAUGGGCUGAUGCGUCUGGGGCCGUGGCAGACUGCACAAGCAAGAGGGGAGUAAGAAGAAUAAAAAAUCUGGUCCAACAGCCUUCCAAAGGCUGA